AUGCUUCUCUUGAUCGAUUUGAUUCAAAGUGAAAGCCUUUCGGAUACUCAUCUCUUUGCGUUGUUUACACCGAAAGAGGCCCUCAAUCUACCAUUUCUUUUGAUUCAAAUCGCUGAGAAGAAAAUGAUCGAGACAUUUGUUGGGGCAUUGGAUGAGAAACCAUAUGAGCAUUUUCUUUCUUCAACUGCACAAGGAGCGCUAGAGUCUUUGAACUUGAAGGCCGCUUUCGACACACUGACGUUAACGAAAAGGUUCAUCGAGAAAUUCGAGAGAAUCCCGUGUGAAGAAGAGCUAAAACGGCUAGACGAAGGAAUUAAAGGAAUCAGUCGAAAAUUGCACGAGAAAUUCCUCGAAAUCCUCUCCCAAACUGGUCAAAACCCAUUCGAGGGUGUCGCAGCGUUGACCACUUCGAGUGCUCCGGAGUUCUUCGCGCUCACUUUGAAACAUUUCGACAAUUGUCCAAUCGAUUCGACUCUUCAAAAUGUCACUCAUCUACCAACACAACAUUUAUAUGAUAUUUUCGAGAGCUUGAGAAAACAUCCACUAAAUGUUCUUGGUGAUCGAAUCGAGGGACUUGGCUUUUUGCUCGGUUCACCGUCAUCAAGAGAGAUCUUUCGAUCGAACCCUUUCUGCCACUUGCAAUCGCUUAAAGUUCUUCUGCACGAGCUUGCCUAUUUUCUUGCCACAUCCACUCACGAGCCAUUCAACACGGGCGACAUCUCAGGUCUUGACAUCACGGGUCUUUCUAGUGAAUCAGAAAAAUUUAAACAUUUAUCUGAGCUUUUCGAUAUUGUACAGUAUAUUGUGAUGUUAUUUCGGAAACAAAAAAUCGACAUGGCAACUCCGGGAGUGCUAAAGUUAGAGAAAACGAUUCGUGCGAUUUUUCGCCAUCCUGUUCUACACGCGAUGGCUUUAGUGCCAGAAACGGCUAUGAAAAUGGAAUGGAAACCUCGAGCUGAAGUUAGAGGAGAGACUCAAGUGGUUAUUCCGUUGGUGAACAUUCAUCUCUUGUGCAACGUUGAUGUGCUUUCUGAUUUCACUUGGAGAAUACGCUGGCUUGGAUGGACAUCUCGGCAACAAUUCGAGGAUUUAUGGAUGAGCCUAUUCGGCGUUCUCUCAAGUACACCAACUGGUACUGAGUUGACUCAAGAGAAUGCAUCGCAAUACACGGAGCAAAUCCUAGCCUCAGCUAAUGCAGUCAAUAGUCUGACAGAGCUUCUCUUGUCCUCAUUGCUUUAUCCAGAACCGGGAAACACUUUCAACAGCAAUUUUGUCGUGAAACAUCGCGAAAGAACGGAAACUCAUCGAAACAAAUCAAUGAAACAAGCAAGUGCCAUCAAAGCUCGAUUGAUCGACGACAAAGAUCCGCAAACGAUCUUCAACAGAAAUAUUGAGAGACUAAUUCACGAAGUUGGUUCAAAGUAUGGCCCAGGCCAACUCUCAGCGCUUGCCUUGUGGAAUCUGACUGGAGUAUUGAGAGAUGAAAAGAUGCCAAAUAGUCCCUCAAAUAGUCCGAGGAUCAGAGCUUCAACCUCCGAAUACUUGAUUGGAGUUCAUCUCGCUGCCGCUUCUAUCAGCAACUGUUCGAUCAAUGGCUCUGCUGUCGGAUCUAUU